AGAGAGAGAGAGAAGAGACAGAAAGAGAGAGACAGAAAGAGACUAUAAAAGAAAAAUGUCAGCUCGUCUAGAUAUCGAAUGUUUCGUGGUUAUCGUGCGGUUUACGCAUCGUACCGCGAUCGUUGCGUGAUCUCUUGCGUGUUUUCGGAACGCGCGGUCGUGCGCACGCGAGUUCUCUCGUUUCCUUAGCUUCCCUCAAAACCGGCGUGUGCGUGUGCGUGUGCGUGUAGUGUUGUGUGGUGUAUGUGCGUGUGCGUGUGUUUGUUGUACGAACGUGCGUACGUCCGUACGUACGUACGUCCACCGUCGUCCAUGCGUGCGUGCGUGCCUGCCUGCCUGCUGUCUGUCUGCCUGCCUGCCUGCGUUUGCCUGUGUGUACAUUGUGUGUUGUUUCGUGUAUUGGUUAAAUAGUGCGCCGCGUUGUGUUACACACUGUGCGUGUACGGUAUGAGAAAGAUUCGUUCGUACUAAUAGUUUUCUCACACGUUCGAUUAAUACGAAAGGAAUAACACUGUCGUUCGUUCUUUGGUGCGCGAUAUUCAUUAUUAUUAUUAUUAUUAUUAUUGUCGUCGUCGUCGUUGUCGUUGUCGUUGUCGUUGUCGUUGUCGUUGUCGUUAUUAUCGUCGUCAUCGUCGUCAUCGUCGUCUCUUUCUCUUUCUUUCUUUCAUCCUUUCAUCAUUUCUUUCUGUCUUUAAUUAUUCAAACAAAACGGCUCCGACACUCCGAUUCUCGCGAAAAAUGGAGGACACACAAGGGAAAAUCUUUUUCAAUCGAACUGACUCAACCGUCUUCGUAUUAUUAGCGACAAUGAUCUUUGGUGGAAUCAUCAUAAUCUUUGGUUAUAUUGUCAGCCGGUAUUCAAGAUCCCAUGGAGUCAUGGAUUCGACGAAAGAUAAACAAAGAAAAGAAAAGGGAAAAUCCAAUAGUGCUAUCCUUCGAAUACAUUUACAAUUUCCUUGGGUAUUUUUGGAAGCGAAGUGAAUGUCUUGAACAAAUUAUGAAAAACAUUUCAAUACUGAAAAUGGCCGUUCUGAAAAGAAAAGGUACAAAAAAAAUGGGCAAGAAGAAAAUGUACCGUUCCAUGAUCAUUCACGUAGAAUGCGGUGCAACAACCAUAUCGGAGAAAGGAAAGCGCGUCGAUUCGAGAAACUCGUUAGCAGGAUCAACGACUAAUUCGAGCAUUACCAAACGGACGAAAAAUAAAAAACGCCGAGAGACACAACAAGAAUUCACUCAUUCUUGGGUCGUUGGUACUUUGAAGGGUCACACUGGUACAAUAUUUAAUAUGAGCUUUUCAAGUAACGGAAAGCUUCUCGCAUCUUGUGCAGAAGAUGGAAAGCAGCCGAAGGAGGUGGUCCCGGAAGGAACUGGAGAGCCAUCAACGAAAUCAUUCUAUCAACCAAACACAACAAUGGUUGGAUGUGCUCCUCCCCCUGUUACAAUAAAAGAUGACUGGCCAAAUAUGAAUCCUGGCCAUCAUUCAGCAAAUUCGUCUGUUAUACUGGAAAAUCAUCAUCAUCAUCACCAUCAUCACGUUCAUCAGGCAGAAGGAAUUCAACAACCAUUGAAUAAACCCAACGAACAAAAUAUGCAACCACAACCACCGAUGAUACACACAGUUGAAAACCAUCCUGCAGCCAUUAUACAUUAUCACGAUUGUAAAUUAAAUUCGCAAGAACAAAUGUAUUACAUGCGGCAAAUGCAAAUACAAGCCCAAAUGUAUUACAAUUCCAACAUGCUGCGACAUAGAAGAUUAGAAGCCUUACGUAGCAAUACUGAAGUUAAUCAUUAUUGGCAAUUACACAGAUACCAACUUCAAGUUCUUGCUCAGCAACAACAGCAACACCAACAACAGCAACAAUUGCAAGCUCAAAUACAUCAACAACACUUACAACAACAACGACACCACCAGCUACAAAUGCUGCACCAAAUGCAAGAACAAUUGCAAAUGCAACAAGGAAGGAUAAUAGAGGAGAAUAUGGAAAAGGCAAAAACCGCUAAUGGAUUGUUGAAUAAUACUAAUGCAUCGUUCGACAAUUCGAGUGCAUCGUUUAACAAUUCGAGUGCAUCGUUUAACAAUUCUAAUAUAUCGUUCAACAAUACUAAUCCAUCGUUGAACUCCCCGAACGUUUCUGCUAUCAAAAACGCAAUCCCAUCUUCUCCUUAUUACAACGAAAAUUUUUCUAUUGAUAAAUUACCGACUUUAUCGUUUACGAUGAGACACGCAUUUAACAUAAAUGACGCCACCCUUGAAUACGUCUUAAGAUGUUACACACAUCACACAUACUACUUGAUAGAAGCAGGUUAUCCGUUCUGUUGGAAUUUCGAUGUUAGAAUCAAAAGAUACAUUCACAAUUUACAUCAAUCAAAAAACAAUAAUCGACCAUUGGACGUUAAUGCUAAAGAAUUUAUACCUGGUCCCAGCAGCAGUAACAGUAAUGAUAAGAAAUUCGAAAAUUGCGAUAGCGGUAAUAGCAGUAGCAAUUCAGACAUGGAGCCGGACAAUUUAAUCGAUGAUGAACAACAACCACGUAAUUACAUAAGAUCUGCCUCGUUUUCUACAAAUCGCAAAUCGUUGCCGAUUAAUAUGGAGGACAUAAGACGUCAACGUAGAAAUUCCAUAUCGGGUUUAGAAGAAUGUAGCUCGGUUGAGACUAGAUGUUCCAGAUGUUUAAGAAGCUUCUACAUGUAUCAAACGAACGGAGAGAACACCGUACAGGAAAAUUGCGUUCAUCAUACCGGUGAACUUAGUUUUCACAAAUAUUCAAAAUUUAAAACGUGGACCUGUUGCAAACAAAGAACAAGUUCCCUUGGGUGUGCCACCAAUGAUAUGCACGACUGGAUUGGAUUGAAGAAACAUUUGAAUGGUCCGUUCGUCAAUUUCGUUCGUACUAAACCAACAAAGAAAUUUCCGAUAAAUGGUAUCUACGGCAUCUAUGGUAUGGAUUGUGAGAUGGUUAUUACCAGGAAUGGUUUUGAACUUGCUAAAAUCAGUAUGAUAAAUAUAUACGGUCUCGUCGUAUACGAUCAUUUCGUUAAACCAAUGACUGAAGUUGUAGAUUACAAUACCAAAUACAGCGGUAUUACCGCGAACGAUUUGAAUGCCGCUACGAAAACUCUUAAAGAUGUUCAACAAGAUUUGAUGAACUUUAUCACAGCCGAGACUAUACUUAUUGGGCAUGGUCUUGAAAAUGAUUUGCGUGCACUCCAUAUGAUACAUUUUACCGUGAUCGAUACCGCUUUAUUGAUGAAACACUCCCGUGACUUGCCGUUCAGGCACAGUCUGAAAAAACUUACAAAAUCUUUAUUACAAAAGGAUAUACAAGAGUCGAGCCACGAUUCCAUCGAGGAUGCUAGAGCCGCCAUUGAUCUCGUACUGUGGAAACUAAAGAGUGACGGUUUCUAAAAGGGCAGGUUUUUAAGGGGGAAAGAAAAAGUAAUAAGAAAGAAAAAAAGAAAAAAAAAUAGGAAGAGGAGGAGCAGGAGGAGGAGGAGGAGGAGGAUCUCAACGUUGUGUCGAAAAGGAAGUAAGAGACAUUACCUUAAACGCGAGACCAGAGACAAAGAUUAUUUUUUAAUUCUUUGAUAAUAGAUAUAUUUUUAUUUUAUUUAAAUUCCUUACUACCCUUCUUCUUCUUCUUCUUUUUUUUUU